AUGAGGAUAUUGAAUGUUGCAGAAAAGCCUUCUGUUGCAAAAUCGAUUUCACUGGUGCUUUCUAGUUCGCUGAGCAUCAGGAGGGGGCUUCAUCAGUACUGCCCGAACAUACACUUUGACAAUGGAGACGAGAUGGUUUUUACAAGUGUGCUAGGGCAUCUGUUUUCGAGUGACUUUGAAAGCAAGUGCCGAUGGAACGAGAUUGAUCCUGAGCAGUUAUUUACAGAAAGGGUGGUGAAGUAUGUGCAGCCUGAGUUUGUACGUAUCAAGGAGAAUAUUGAGAGAGAGGCGCAGAGGGCAGACAUGGUUAUUAUAUGGACAGAUUGUGACCGGGAGGGCGAGAAUAUUGGACGGCAGAUAAGGGAUGUAGUGUGUGGAGUGAAGCGGAUCAAGGUGAGGAGGGCAAGGUUUUCUGCGAUUACACGAAAGGACGUACAGAAUGCGCUUGACAACCUGGAGGAUGUGAAUGAAGCAGAGGCGGAUGCAGUUGACUCGAGGAUUGAGCUUGAUCUGCGAAUAGGCUCAGCAUUUACAAGGCUGCAGACAUUGUCGAUUGGGAGUGAAUUCAAGGACAGGAAGAUUUUGAGUUUUGGGCCAUGCCAGAUACCUACACUGGGGUUUGUGGUUGAGCGAGCAAAGAAAAGGGAGGAGUUUAUUCCUGAGGCGUUUUGGACGCUGAAGUAUGCAGUGAGGAAAGAUGAGCGUGAGAAUGUGUUUUUGUGGACACGAGGAUCGGUCUUCGACAGGAACUGUGUGGUAUAUUUUUUUAGGCGAAUGGAGGGAGAUGAAGCAAGGAUAAUGUCGAGGAAGGUUGUGGAAAGAAGCAAGUACAAGCCAUUGCCGUUGCGAACUGUCGAGCUGCAGCGCAAGUGCUCGAGCUAUUUCAAGAUGAGCGGGCACAUGAUUAUGGAGAUAGCUGAAGGAUUGUACAACAAGGGAUACAUCAGCUAUCCAAGGACGGAGACGGAUGUUUUUGACAAGAAGUUUGACUUUAUGCAUGCUAUUCUGAAGAUAUGCAAGGAUCCGAAGGUUGGGGUGUAUGCAAGCAGACUGAAGGAUGGGUUUAAGCAUCCACGAAGUGGGAAGAACAAUGACAUGGCGCAUCUACCGAUAUAUCCAUUGAGGGAUGGAGAGGGACUGAAUGGAAGGGACAGGGAAGUGUAUGAGUUUGUGUGCAGAAGGUUUUUGGGAUGCCUCUGCGAUGAUGCAAAGGGCCUGGAGACAUGCUACGAGAUGAAAGUUGGCGACGAAGUGUUUGAGAUGAAAGGGAUGCAGAUUGUUGAGAAGAAUUAUCUGGAGGUAUACUACUACGAUAAAUGGGAUGAGAAGGAGGUAAGUGAGUUUGCUGAAGGCGAAGUGAUGAAAGGAAAGAUGAGUGUGGAAGAAGGAAAGACGAGUGCACCUGAGUAUUUGAAUGAGGCGGAGCUGAUAAGCCUGAUGGACAAGAACGGGAUAGGAACUGAUGCAACAAUACAUGAGCAUAUACACAAGAUUCAAGAAAGAGGAUAUGCUAGAAGGGUUGGUGAGGAAAUAAGGCCAUUGAGUCUUGGAACAGCGCUGAUUGAUGCUUAUGAGAUGUUUGGACUGGAAGUAAGUAAGCCUAAGCUGAGGAAGGAGCUUGAGCUGAAGCUGAAGGAGAUAUCGACAGGAAGGAUGGAGGGAAGGACAGUGGUUGAGAAUGAGAUUUUAGUGUAUAAGGGAAUAUACGGGAUUUUGAAGAGGAACAUUGCGGAGUUUGCAAGUGUGGUUACGAAAGGGAUUGAUUGUGAGAUGAAACCGACGAAAGAGGCUAAGGAGACGAAGGGGCAGAGACAAGGAGAGGAACGAAUGUUUGUGACCUGUGCCGAUGAAAGGAUCGGCAAGAUAAAUGGUAAAGAGAAUGUGAGGAAUGAUUGUUUUAAGACGGACGAAGGAAGGGGAGUGAGAGCCAAUGAGGAUGCAAGAGAAGUGAGAGCGAGUGAGGGGAGUAAAAGUAAAAAGAAGAUUUGUGAGUGUGGGGUGGAAGGGAAGAUUUUGGAGGUGAAGCAGGGAAGCAAUUCGGGGAGGAAGUUUUACAGCUGUGGAAGGUAUCCGAAGAUGUGCUAUUUUUUUGAGUGGAUGGAUGAUCAAGCGGAUGGAGCGAGACAGGAAGUGAAGGGCGAGAUAAAGUGCUAUUGUGGAUAUGAGCCGCAGUUACUUACUGCGAAUACAGAAAGCAAUAAAGGGAGGAAGUUUUACAAGUGUAAGAAGGUUUACAAGCCGUGCAAGUUUUUCCAGUGGGAGGAGGAGUAA